AUGACAGCUAAUAAACCAAAAAAACAAAGAAUUAUCAAUUGUGUUUCACAAUUACCAUAUAAGAUCACAUUAGAUGAAUCAUCAGAUGACUGGAUAAUCAAUCCUGCUACUGGUAACAGUGCUCUGUACUCAUCGUUAGAUUAUUUACAAGAUUCUGAUGAAUAUGAACAAAUUGUAGUUGGGUGGACAGGUGAAAUUUCUAAAAAAACCCUUACAAAAGCUGAAUUAUUAAAGAAACAAUUAGAAGAAGAAAAAUUGACAUCAAAUAAUUCUAAAGAUAAUAAAAAUGAUUCAACAGCUAACGAAAAUAAUAACGGCAAUAAUAAUAGUAAUAAUGUUCACGGUAAUGGUUUGGAUGAGGAUAAACUAUAUGUAACCAAUGAGCAAAUGAAUAAUUUAAAAUCCAAGAUUAAUAAAAAUUAUAAUCCAGUCUGGCUAUUAAGAAGUAGAAAACAAAGUAGAUGGAGAAAUUACGCAGAAAAUAUUAUUUGGCCAUUAUUUCAUUAUAUUCUAAAUCCAUCUACAGAAGUUGAUUUAGAUUCUGAUGGCUCAGAUGCAAAUAAUUCAUGGUAUGAUUAUGUGAAGUUCAAUGAAGCUUACGCAAUGAAAAUUGGGGAAAUCUACCAACCAGGUGAUAUUAUUUGGAUUCAUGAUUAUUAUUUAUUAUUACUUCCACAAUUAUUAAGAAUGAAGUUUAAUUCAGACUCUGAAAAUAAUUUAGUAAUCGGUUAUUUCCACCAUGCCCCUUGGCCAAGUUAUGAGUAUUUCCGUUGUUUACCAAGAAGAAAAGAAAUUUUGGAUGGUUUGGUUGGUGCUGAUAGAAUAUCUUUCCAAAAUGAACAAUUCAGUAGACAUUUUGUUUCUAGUUGUAAGAGAUUGUUGGAUUCUACAUCUAAGAAAGUUAAAAAUGAUAGAGGUAAAGAUCAAUACAACAUGUCUGUGUAUGGUGGUGACUUAAUUGUAGACUCAUCUCCAAUUGGUGUCGAUACUGAUAAGAUUAUGUCAGAGGCAUUCACACCAGAUGUGGAUUCUAAAGUAGAUGCUAUCAGACAAGCUUACCAAGGGAAAAAAAUUAUCAUCGGUAGAGAUCGUUUCGAUCCAGUCCGUGGUAUUAUUCAAAAAUUAAGGGCCUUUGAGACAUUUUUGGCAAUGUAUCCCGAAUGGAGAGAGCAAGUUGUCCUGAUUCAAGUCAGUUCUCCAACUUUAAACAGAGAAUCUCCACAAAACAUUAGGUUGGAGCAACAAGUUAAUGAAUUGGUUAACUCUAUCAAUUCUCAAUAUGGUAACUUGAAUUUUGCUCCUGUACAACAUUAUUAUAUGAGAAUACCAAAGGAUGUUUACUUUUCUUUGUUAAGAGCCGCCAAUCUAUGUUUGAUUACCAGUGUUAGAGAUGGUAUGAAUACCACUGCCUUAGAAUAUGUCACCAUCAAAUCACAUGACUCAAAUUCAUCCUGUUAUGGUAUGCCAUUAAUAUUGAGUGAGUUCAGUGGUAGUAGUUCUGUCCUUAAGGAUGCUAUUAUUGUUAAUCCAUGGGAUUCUGUUGCUGUUGCCAAAUCCAUUAACAAUGCAUUCAAUUUGACAAAGGUUCAAAGAGAAACAAUACAAGAUAAGACAUGGGCUGAGGUACCAUCCAUUAAAUCAUGGACAGACACAUACAUGGAUCAAAUAGUCGAAGUUAGCAAACAAUCGGAAUCUCAAGAUCGUAAGAAGACACCGGCACUAAAUAGACCUGUUCUCUUAGAAAACUAUAAAGCUGCUAAUCGUCGUCUGUUCCUAUUUGAUUACGAUGGUACUUUAACACCAAUCGUGAAAGAUCCUGCUGCUGCCAUUCCAACAGCUAGAUUGUAUACGAUAAUGGAAAAAUUAUCUCAGGAUCCUAAGAAUCAAAUAUGGAUUAUUUCUGGUCGUGAUCAAGUGUUUUUAAAUAAAUGGUGGGGUUCUAAGAAUAAACAUAUUGGUCUAAGUGCAGAACAUGGUUGUUUUGUUAAGGAUAUCGGUACUCCAGAAUGGGUCAAUUUGGCCAAGAAAUUUGAUAUGUCAUGGCAAGUGCGUGUUAACAAAGUCAUGGAAGAUUUAACUACCAAGACACCUGGUUCUUUUAUUGAACGCAAGGAGGUAGCAUUAACUUGGCAUUAUAGAGCAGCAGUUCCUGAAUUAGGUGAUUAUAAUGCUACUGAAUUAAAAAGACUACUAUUAGAAUUCACUGAAGAUUUUGAUUUAGAUGUCAUGGAAGGUAAGAAGAAUAUCGAAGUACGUCCUAAAUUUGUCAAUAAGGGUGAGAUUGUUAAGAGACUUGUAUGGCAUAAAUAUGGUACUCCUCAAGAUUUAUUGAAGCCAUUAGAUCAAAAGUUGCCAAUUGAUGAAAUGCCUGACUUUAUUUUAUGUCUUGGUGAUGAUUUUACAGAUGAAGAUAUGUUUAGACAGUUGAAUUCCAUUGAGUCUCAUUGGAAUGGUAAAUAUGACGAUAAACGUAAUAGAUGGGGUAAUUUUGGUUUCUACCCUGUGACAGUUGGUUCAGCUGCCAAGGUAACUGUUGCCAAGGCACAUCUUACAGAUCCACAACAAGUGCUGGAUACACUCGGGUUACUUGUGGGUAAUGUUUCAUUAUUCCAAAGUGCUGGUACAGUUGAGCUGGAUGCUAGAGGUCAUGUCAAGGAUAGUGAAAGUAGUAAGAAAUCGCAUGCAGCUUCUGUUGCAUAUACUUUGAAGAGAACAGGAUCAUCUACAAGCAUCAACAAGAAAUGA